UAUAUACGUAUACACAUAUAUGUAUUGGUAUAUAUCUAUAUGUGUGUACAAAAAUCAGAGCUUUGUAAAUGCUCGUGCAACAUUUGGCAUGAAUAUUGACAUACAGCGAAUGUAUAAUCCGAGAAGGAAAGAGAGAGAGAGAAAGGAUCAGAUAAAAGAGAGAAAGAAGAGUGCAGGCAAGCGCAGUUAAUUCAACAGAUCCCUUCAGUUCCUGUGCCGUCCUCUGUAUAUGUAUGUGUGUACGUGCAUAUAUUGCGAUAUACAUCUAUGCGUAACGAGCCUCGGAGCAAGACGACAAGCGAGGCAAAGGCAAGGCGAGGUGGAGCAACAACGUCAAAUGAGGCGACGUCGUCCGCGGAAGGGGGAAAAUAUGGGGGAAACCGGUGCGUUACGCGCUCGUCGGGACGCACACAUGAGUGUCAAUCGAGUGGCAGUCCGGCCCCGACGGUGUCCAGCGGCGUAGGUGGACGAGCGGCGACAGCGCGUGGAGCACGUUCGCAGCCUUAGCGCGCCGAGCAUGGAUCUGAGGAGGCAGCAACAGCAGCAGCAAUCAACGCUGGCGAGCGCGUGCCGCGGCCCAUUGCCGUUUCCACGCAGACCAUGGAUGAGCGAGACCGGCGUCGCCGCCGCCGCCAACGCCUCCGGCAACCUGGGCCUCAAAGGGGUCAUAGCCGGUGGUAUUACUGGAGGCAUAGAAAUUUGCAUCACAUAUCCCACUGAAUACGUGAAAACGCAGCUGCAGUUGGAAGGAAAGGCUGGUGCUAGCAAAGAAUAUACAGGAAUAGUUGACUGUGUCACCAAGACCGUUAAGACUCGUGGAUUCUUCGGCUUAUACAGAGGCUUGUCCGUUCUGCUGUACGGUUCUAUACCGAAGUCGGCGGUGCGGUUUGGCGCUUUUGAGUCGGUGAAAAAGCAAUUAGUAGAUGCGGAUGGAAAGCUCAAUCCCCAAAGGAGGCUCCUCGCUGGCUUAUGCGCUGGUGUGUGCGAAGCUAUUUUUGCGGUUACGCCGAUGGAGACGGUUAAGGUGAAAUUCAUCAACGAUCAACGCUCGGCGAAUCCGAGAUUCAGAGGAUUUUUCCAUGGAGUUUCCAUGAUUGUGAAGGAGCAAGGUUUUAGAGGAGUGUACCAAGGCUUAAUGCCCACAAUCUUGAAGCAAGGAUCCAAUCAAGCUAUCCGCUUCUUCGUGAUGGAAACAUUAAAAGAUUGGUACAAAGGAGGUGACAAUACUAAAAGUGUUCCUAAAAUAGUCGUCGGUGCUUUUGGUGCAGUUGCUGGCGCAGCAUCAGUUUUUGGAAAUACGCCUAUUGAUGUUAUAAAAACUAGGAUGCAGGGAUUGGAAGCUUCCAAGUACAAGAACAGCUUGGAUUGCGUGGUCCAGGUGUGGACGAAAGAGGGUCCAAUGGCAUUUUACAAAGGAACCAUUCCACGAAUGAGCAGAGUAUGUUUAGACGUUGCCAUAACAUUCAUGAUUUACGAUUCCUUCAUGGAACUUUUCAACAAAGUAUGGCCUUAGGUCUGUCGCAUUUCGUAUAUACGUACACGAUACAUUCUCUCAGCUUUUACAAAUAUUGCUUUUAUCUUGACGUUUACUUUUUACAAGCGUAUUUGUACAACAUAUCUUUUACGAUUAGAGUUUUUAUUUAUAUUUUUAUUUAAAAUGUUAUGCGCGAUGGGAGAACGCGCUGGCCGAUGUUCAUAUAAAAAAUGUUCAUAUAUCGAAAAUCAUAAUUGAACAAACGUAUCGCGAGUGCAUCUUUCUGACAAAGAUCGAUUUUAUGAUGUAGAAAAGGAUAUGAGUUUUAUACUUUGCACGGUAUAAUUGUAUAUUUCUACCUCCGGCUCUAGUUGCAUUUAAAUGAUGUGCGAUGCCAAAAUCACCAAUUAACUGCGAAAAUCGUGUGUUUUAUUGAAUUACGUGUCGUGAAUAACUUCGUUUAGCGUUUAGGAAAUAACAUUCUGCAACGAACGUAACAUUCCUGCAAUCUCAGUCUAAGAUACGAAUACGAAAGUAUCGUUUUUAUUAACUGUUAAAGUGUGAAGUAGAUAUGUAUAGAUGUGUAAGCCAUAACGCACAUACAUACCAAUACAUAUAGAUACAUGUAUUUAUACAAACAGAAUAUAUUUAUGUACAAUUUUGUACAGAGACACCUAGCACUAAUUGAUAGAGAAACUCUCCAACGAUUUUAAUUUUAAAUUAUUUUAAAUCGCGUCUGAGAAUUAAGUACCUCGAUGUUGCAGAGGUAAAUAUAAAAGGAUGUAUGUGUUAACAAUAAUAAUAAAAAAAACGUUCCAGCUAA